AUGUGAAUUCAAAUAGUACUCAAACCCAAUUUGCAAUAAUAAUCCCAAUUUUAUACCAUAAAAAAAAAAUAUAUAUUUCCCAUAUUUUAUUUUCAUUUUAAAUCCUUCAGGAAUUAACUAAUGACGUAUUUCUUUUUAUUUUUUUAAUUUUUCCUUUUUUCCAAAGUAAAAUUCGUUUCCUCUUUUCCCUUCUCUCUCCAACUGUACAUCUCUGUCGGAAGAUUCUUGCCGGUCUCGAUCACUUUGUUCCGAAUACUUGAAGCUAAUCGAAUACGAUUCCUGGGUCUGCUCGAUCACCCCCCAAAUCUCUCUCAGAUAGACAUUGUGUCAACUCAAAGGUCAAACACUGCAUCACUUGAAACUCUGUAAGGUUAGAGGACAUAGUGUUCUUGUGAUGCAUUUAAUAUGCUGAUGGAAUCACGGGUCAUCUUGGACACCGAGGCACACCCCCAUCUGGAGAAUAUUGCAGUUCAGGAAGGAGAACAUGGUGUAGCUUCGUCAAACCCUAUUCAUGUUGUGCCACAGCAGCCUGCAAAAAAGCCAACAAGGCAAUGGGCUGCUUGGACCCGUCAAGAGGAGGAAAGUUUCUUCACUGCUUUACGACAGGUUGGCAAGAAUUUUGAGAAGAUCACUUGCCGCGUGCAAAGUAAAAACAAGGAUCAGGUCAGACACUAUUACUAUCGUCUUGUGCGGCGCAUGAACAAACUUCUGGGUCCAGGACUGUGCUUGGAUGCCAAGAACUCUAAAGACACUAAUGCUGCCAUGCUACGAUGGUGGUCUUUACUGGAAAAGUAUAGCUGCAAAGCGUCAAAGCUUCACUUGAAGCCUCGAAGGUUUAAGAUAUUUGUAGAAGCUUUGGAGCACCAACUUCUGAAAGACAGGAAGAAGAAUGUCAGGAAGCGGCCUUCUCAGGGAGAAAACUGCCCUCCUGCACCAAGCACAUUCUCAAAUCAGAGUAGAGCAUCAGGACAUGAUAAUCGUACAUUUAAACUGGUUCUUGUUGACAGUCAAAACAUUCAGAAAGUAGGACCUGGAAAAGCAUCAUUAAAGCGAAAUUUAAAUACGGGCAUUAACCGUAGCAAUAAAGGAGACUCGACAACCAUGAAACCAGCAAGACAACGUCGAAAACCAGGUGUUGUUUCAUCAGCUGCAUAUAAAAAAUGGGAAAAGGCUGCAAUUGCAGGGGUUUCUUUAGUUGCGGAUGCUGCUGAGCACUUGGAGCGGGCAACAACUGGUAAAGAGGUUGAGCAAGAGCAACGCACAGCAGGUCAAAAGAGUAGUGAUCCUGUUGGAGAAGUUCUGUCCUCUUUGCCUAGUUUUCCGCAAAACAUUUUUGUUGAGAGCAACACACACACUUCAGUUAAACUUAAGCUCCAGUUAUUCCCAAUUGAUGAUAUUACAAGGAGAGCAUUGGAGUUGGAUAAGCAUAAUCCACAUUUAGAGCUAACUCUUAGUAGUCGGAAAAAGAUAUCUUCAGUUUUAGAACAUCUAAAUCGUAAAUGGGGCAGUUCAGUGGUAGCAUCUGGAGAGUUAAUGCUUUUCCCUUACAGCAUCCAGAGGGAGAACCUACUGGGUCAUCAAAGAUGGACACAGGACUCGAUUGUCAGUGCAGCAGAUGUGUAUGCAACAAUUGGAAGUCCUGCCAUUUUUCGUUUAAGGUAUGGUUGGAUCCCAACUACUGAACUUGGGUCUGUCAUGUUACAAGCACAAGCACCUAUGGCAUCUUGCUAUGUUCCAGAGGAGCAUAAUCUGAAUGUGGAGAAGAGCAAUGAUCAAAGCAAGGAUUUAGCACCUGUCUCUGUCCCAUCUACCGAUUAUCAGGCUGUGGAACUCAAUGAAAAUUAUCCAACCUCAGUGAACAAAAGCCAAGCUAUUGCGGUGACUUCAACAGAUGUCCCAAAUGAGAGGAAAAGGUACGAUACUGUAGGUCCAAGCAAUAGCCUUGUCGAGUCAUCUGAAGCAAAAAAAUCAUGGAACAGAAAGGGGGCUGGUGAUGGAACUACACUGAGACAGUUGAGAGAUGUGGAUGAUCCAAGAAGCAACAGAACUCCAUUAUCAGCUGGCGAGUGGGCUGAUAGCCUUACCAACAUAAGUGUUGGAGAUCUGCUUUCAGGAGUGUCUCAGCAUAUGGAUGCGACCUGCACUGAUCCACCUGAUGCUGGGAUCUCACAAUGCCUUCAACAGAUUCCGUUCAGCUGUGACUCAUUUGAUGCUGCUAUAGCUGCUCAUAUUUCUAGACAGCAAAACAAGAUGGGAUGUCAACCUAAUUUGGCAUCUAAUGCAUCUUCCAUAUUGGAUGCUGAAGAAACAUGCGAUGCCUUCUCAUUUCAGAAGAACCAUGUUCUUCCUCAGGACGCUCAACAUAUAUCUGGUGUUUCUUCACCAAGGGCUUGCAAACAGAUGGCUGGGACAAACAUGGUGGACACUGGGCACUUGGAUGAGGAGUUACCUGAAGUGGAGAGGCUACCGAAUGAUCCUGCACAAGUAGAUCCUAUGGAUGAGUGUCAGUCUGAUCCAAAUCUUCUAGACAAUGCAGUAAAAGAUUUCAGCGUGCUUGCUGACAUAUAUUGGCCUGAUUCUUUAGGACCACUGGAUUUGGAUAUACCAUCAUCGAAGUACCACAGUGAAGAUAUAAUUCUGAGUGAUAGUCUUAGUGGUUUGAACCGUCUCAUAGCCAGCAGUUUGGAUGCAUUUCAAAAUUGCUCCUUUUUUGGGUUUGACAAGAAAGAGCCAGCGUCAACAGUUGAAGCUCGAGAAACUGCCUCGUUUUCAGAUUUUAAAAUUGGCAGUGGGGUUUGAGAAUUGGCACACUUGAUAUCAGAGAUCAUAAUCUUACUCAAACGGGCUUUGAUUUUGGAAUCUAGCAAAGCAUAGUCAUCUUCCAUUUCAGCUGUGACAUGAGAUUUGAUUUGCGUGCUAAUGGUGGCGCUGCUAGCUCUGUAUAUUAUGGCUUUGCGUGCUCAAUUGCUCUGUUUGGAAGUCUCUCCAGCUGUAAAAACAUAGACAUGGAAAAACUUCUACAAUUCAACUUUAUUGUUUCGAUACUUCUCUGUAAAUUAGAAUUCAGAGCUGGUGUGAGCUGUGUAACCUCAAUAGAACGGGACACAAUACCACAUCAGAAACCUUUUGAUCAUUAAUGUUAGUUUCUUGUACAUC